AUGAAGGGCUCAAGAAAUCUUUCGAAGAGUUCUCAAGAUUCUUCCUCAUCCAAGUCCAAAGAUCAAAAAUCUAUAUCUCCUUCGGCAGUAGCUCCUCCACCACCCCCACCAAACACUGGAAAGCCACUUCCUCAACCUGUUUCAACUGGUCUGCCAGGCGCAUCAGUUAACAAUUCUAGUAAUCACUCUCUCACUUCACAAGCACAAUCUUCCUCUGGUCGUUCCGCUUCUUCUACUUCAAUCGCUCCUGCUCCACCAGAUCGCAGGUACCCUUCCACAGUCAACCCAACCCCAAUUCCUCCAAUCGUCGUUGUUAGCUCAGACCCGACACCUGACCUAGCACCCCGCUCAGGUCCAUAUAGUUCUCCAGAGCGCAGUACAAUUGGUUUAGAUGGUAGUUCCACCCCUCCACGCGCCAACACCCUCAAUCGUCUACGCUCUGGUCCACGCGAUACAAUCCCUAUCGUCGGAAAACCUCCACGCAAGCAGCGUAGCAGUCGCUUCGUUGUCACCGAAAAGGUUGACAUUGAAAAAUUGCCUCCUUUCUCAGAUACUCCCCUCACUGAGCGUUCCAUUUUAUUUAUCAAGAAGCUCAAUCAGUGCCGCGUGUUGUUUGACUUCAAUGAUGCGAGUGCAGAGCUUAAAGGUAAACAAAUAAAGGCACAGACCUUGCACGAAAUGCUCGAGUAUAUCACUACUCAGAGGAACGUCAUCACUGAAAACAUAUACCCCGAGGUUGUCAACAUGUUUGCUGUCAACCUCUUCCGAUCAAUACCCCCGCCCGUCAACCCCACCGGAGAUGCUUUUGACCCUGAAGAAGAUGAGCCUGUCUUGGAACUCGCCUGGCCUCAUCUCCAGAUUGUGUACGAAUUUUUCCUCCGCUUCGUCGAAAGCCCAGAUUUCAACACCAAUCUCGCCAAACGAUACAUCGACCAACCCUUCGUGCUAAAUCUCCUCGAGCUCUUUGACUCUGAAGAUCCUCGGGAACGCGACUUUCUCAAGACUACCCUACACCGCAUUUACGGUAAAUUCCUCAACCUUCGGGCCUUUAUCCGUCGGUCGAUAAACAACGUCUUUUAUCAUUUCAUUUACGAAUCCGAGAGACAUAAUGGCAUCGCAGAGCUCCUUGAAAUCUUGGGCUCAAUCAUCAACGGCUUUGCCCUACCUCUAAAGGAUGAGCACAAGACAUUCUUAACCCGGGUGCUCCUUCCUCUACAUAAAGUCAAGAGUCUUUCGCUUUAUCACCCGCAGCUUGCAUACUGUGUCGUGCAGUUCCUGGAGAAGGAUCCAGCCCUAGCAGAGGAUGUUAUGCUCGGACUACUGAAAUACUGGCCCAAGGUCAACUCCCCGAAAGAGGUCAUGUUCCUGAAUGAAGUCGAGGAAGUACUUGAUGUCACCGAUCCCUUGGAAUUCCAGAAGAUCCAGGUCCCACUGUUCCAGCAACUUGCGCGAUGCAUCAACAGCCAGCACUUCCAGGUCGCCGAGCGAGCCUUGCUAUACUGGAACAACGAAUAUGUAGUCAAUCUCAUGAGUGAUAAUUUAGCUGUUCUCCUCCCAAUCGUCUUUCCCGCGUUGUAUACAAAUUCCAAGAGCCACUGGAACCGGACUAUUCAUGGGAUGGUGUAUAAUGCACUGAAGUUGUUUAUGGAGAUCAAUCCGGAGUUGUUUGACGAUACGAUGCAACACUACAAGCAACGGAAGAUCGAGCAGCAACAACAUGCUGUUGAGCGAUAUGAGCAAUGGCAGAGAGUCCGCGAGAAGGCAAUACAGAAUGCUGGCGGGAAGUUGCCCACAGGAUUUCAAGAGGUCGAACGUUUACCCCCACCGCCUCCAUCGCCUAGCGAUGAUUCGGAUAUUCUGGACUUAUCGAUGGAGCUGAAUGCAGUGUCACUUGAUGGCGAUCUUCCGGGUGACCUUGACGAAUCAGGUAUCGAACGAGUGCCCAUGGCUGACCCUGGAUUGGAUCGUGAGUUUCCCCAUAUUGGAGGUGAUCAUUCGCCUGUUUCUCAGAGCCCUCAUGUUCGACGAAAGAGCGUUCUUCCUGUGGAUCCGUCUGUCAUCCGCGACCUACAAGCUCAUCGGAGCUUGGAUGAUACUCUUGGAAUCGGGGGGCAUCAUACAAAUGGAGCAUAA